AUGGCCGAGGAACAGAAGCCCGUCGCCGUCGAGGCCCCCAAGGAGGACACCACCACUCCCGUUGUUGCGCCUGCCGUUGAGGCCCCCGUUGCUGAGGCUCCCGUCGAGGCCAAGCCUGUCGAGGCUACCGAGGCCGCCCCUGCUGCCGCCGCCACCACUGAGGCCGCCACCACCACCGAGGCCGCCCCUGAGGCUGCUGCCGCUGCCGAGGAGACCAAGGAGGAGGUCGUUCCCGUCGAGGAGGGUCAGCUUGAGCACAAGGGCCUGAACUUCCCCAAGAACUUCAUCUACUCCAAGCAGUUCUUCUGGUUUGGCACCGAUGCCGUUGAGCCUUCUACUCUCUCCCACUACCGCCGCAGCGAGAAGAAUGUUGAGGCUGGCCGCAACACCACUGCCUGGGCCUCCCAGACCGGCAAGGGCCUCCUUUUCUUCGGCGAGAAGGCCAGCCCUGUCGGCGUCAUCAACCUGUCUGAGGCCACUGAGCCCGUUACCGACGGUCCCAACAAGUUCUUCUUCACCGCCAAGGGUCACAAGCACGCCUUCAAGGCCUCCAGCACUGCCGAGCGUGACAACUGGGUCGAGCAGCUGAAGGUCAAGAUUGCCGAGGCCAAGGAGCUCGCCACCACUGUCCCUGAGACCGAGACCUACAAGGCUACCCUCGAGACCUUCAAGCCCAGCGUUCCCGCCCCUGCCGCUAAGAAGGAGGAGGACAAGCCCGCUGAGGUCGCCGCUCCCGCCACCGAGACUCCCACUGUUGUUGAGCCCGUCGCUGCCCCUGCUACCACCGAGGCCGCCGCUGCUGAGGAGCCCGUCAAGGAGGAGAAGAAGGAGCGCCGCUCUGCCAGCCGCAAGCGUGGCAGCAUCUUCGGCAACCUCCUCGGCGGCAAGAAGGAGGAGAAGACUGAGAAGCCCGUCGAGGCCACCGCUGAGGCCCCAGCCACUGAGACCCCCGCUGUCGCCGCCGAGACCACCACUGAGCCUGCUGCCCCUGUCGCUGCUGAGGCUGCCCCUGCUACCGAGGCCGCUGUUGCCCCUGCUGCCGCCGCCGAGUCUCCUACUGAGGAGAAGCCUGCUCCCCUGACCAAGCGCAACAGCAUCUUCGGCAGCGUCUUCGGCAAGAAGGAGAAGAAGGCCGCCGAGACUGAGACUCCUGCCGCUCCCGCCAAGGAGGCCGAGGUCGCCCCUGUCGCCCAGGACGCCCCCGUCAUUCCCCAGGUUGAGACCACCACUCCCCUGGCCGUCGAGGUUGCCAGCCCCGCCACGGUCCCCACCGAGACCACUGAGGCCGCUCCCGCCGCCGCCGUUGCCGAGCCCAAGAAGGAGGCCAAGGCCGAGAAGCGCAAGUCUUCCCUGCCCUUCGCCUUUGGCAAGAAGGAGAAGUCCCCCGCCACCUCUGACGAGGAGGGUGACAAGCCCGAGAAGACUGGUCCCUUCUCCAAGCUUCGUGCCACGAUCAAGGGCCGCGGCAAGUCCCCCGUCGGCGAGAAGAAGCCCCUCGACAAGACGGCCGAGGAGAAGACGGAGUCGGCUACUGAGGCUCCCGCCACCGAGGCCCCCGCCUCGGGCUCUGAGGCUCCCAAGCUCCCUGAGGAGCCCGUCAACAAGCCUGAGCCCGUCACCGGCGCCACCCCUGCCGUGACUGCCGCCGCUUAG